UAAUGUGCGAAACCAAAAACUUCUACUUAUGGCUUCUCCAGAUCGUUGGCCUGUUGGGCCUUCUUGCUCUUUGUCUAUGGCUAGCCUUGCGUCCCAAAAGUCCCGACUAUACUAUCGUGAAUUUUUCUGUGCCUGCGGCAAAUGAUAACAAUGCAUCUGGUCAUGGGAUCAUCCAAUAUGAACUUGAUAUCAAAAAUCCAAACGAAGACUCAGGUAUCUACUAUGAUGAUAUCUUCCUGAUCUUUUAUCAUGGGUCAGAUACAGUAGGGAAGAAUACUAUCCCUUCAUUUUAUCAAGGGAAGGAUAGAAAUCGUCAAGUUGUUGACCAUGUGGAUGUUGACACCCGCCUUUGGACAGCUCUUCGCAAUGCAAUACUGAAUGCAACAGCUGAAUUAAAGGUCGUUUUAUCAACUAAGAUCAAAUAUAAAACAUGGGGCAUAAAAAGUAAGCACCAUGGCAUACACAGGGAAGGGAAGAUACCGAUUGGUAAAGAUGGCAAGAUAGCAAACAAGAAGAAGAAAAUUAAACUUCGACAUGCCUCCAAAAAAUGGAAACUAAGGGCUACUCGAUUUCUCUGAAGUAUAUAUUGUUAAUACCUUACCCUGGUCAUCUUUAUUUAUCUAUUGCGGUAAUUUCUCACUUUUCUUUGUUUUGUAUAUAUUUAUUAGUUUUUGAGCACAGAAAAUGAAUUUCAUAAGU